AUGAACGGGGCCAAAGUGCGAGGAGCGUCCCUCCCUAUAGCGGACGGCAGACGUCGUGGCGGAGCAUCAGAGUCCGGAAGGGUGGACGGCGAUGGUAGGUGGAAGAAAUCGUUUGAAAACAGUACUGGGAGAAGCAGAAGAAUGACGCCGGCUACGUUUGUGGACGAGAACGGUACGUGUGGGAAAACGUCGCCAACACUGCGAGGGCGAAAAGUCGGAACGGGACAGACGCGAAAGAGGUGGACGAAAACAAACGACUGA